AUGUUAUUGUACAAAUUUAUCAUCGGAGAGCUCCUCAUAAAUAUCUGUGCCCUUGGAGUAACGACCAAUUCUAUCGUUGCGGGUAUAUCCUCCAUGUAUUUUAUAUACGAUUACAUUAUCACCUUUGUGUAUUAUGUGCAUAUUCCGAAAAUACAAAUACAGAUUUAUAAUAUCGAAGAAAGUAUACUAAUUAAUUUCACUAAUUAUAUGUUUAAAAAGGAGGAACUCCAAAAGUUGCAAAGUAACUUUGACAUCCAUUCAAAACGGUUUCUGUACGAUUCAAAAAGGGGAGGAUCUCCUGGGGGGAAUAUCGUUCCUGUUAGGAAUGCUUCUCCUUUGGAAGUACCAGAAAAAAAUAAUGAAGAAUGCAAUAAGGAAAAACAGUUUCCAUACAAAGAGGAACUCGAACAAAAUAAUGAACAAGGAAUUAAUGCGCGAAGUAGAACUUCCAUAAUGAGAAAAAAAAAAAAUCCUAUGAAGAAAGCUUCCGUACUUGUGAAUUUCACCAACCGGUUAAAAAAUAUGUGCACCUUUAAAAAUAGCAACUUGUUAAAUUAUGCGGAUAGCGGCGGUCAGGUGAGAACCACCGACUUUGCCGUUUUGGAGGACAAGCAGAGGCACUCAAAAGCGACUAAGAAGAAACACAAGAGACUAAAUACGCACCAUUUUGAGCAACCAAAAAGUAAAAAGAAAAGUGGAAAUUUCAGCGACCAUGAAUCGACUGUUAUUAACUAUUUUUAUAAAAAUAUAAACAAAGAUAAUGUGCACCCUUUGAAGAGGUCAAAUAGUUGCCCGCUUUCCUUUGCCAAAAGUCAUGACGCCCCGUCUGACGGUCUACCCGGUGCGGACGCGACGGAGGAGGGGAAGGUCAGGAAGUACAGAUCCCUAAAUGUGACGCUUGACAGUGAACUCGCCUCCGCGAAGGGGGAAGGCCCCAGUCGCACGGGGAGUCGAGGCGACAGCGGUGGUGACAGAGGCGGUGACAGAGGCGGGUGCCGACACAGGGAUAAACGCAGCCGAGAUGAAGGAGCAAACGGGGAAGACACGCCCAGCACGCCCAACACGCCCAACACGCCCAACACGCACAACGUAGGCACCAAAAAAUUCUUCUUCAAAAGCAUCAGCUUCCCAGUGAACAAAUUCGAAAAAACCAAGUACAACGAGAAGAAGCAAAAAAUGGAGCGCAUUCAAUUUUUGUACGAAAUGGAAAAGAAUUUCCAUGUAAAAAAUAAAAUAAGCAUAGAUGACAGCGAAUUGAAGGACGAGUCCAGCGAACAGAACGACAGCCAGGCAAGUGAUGACCACAAUAUGUAUGACUCGUGUAAUGAAGAUAUGCGCAAAAUACAAGACAUUGAAAAUUACAAUAAAUUAAAAAAAGAAAUAGAAAAUAUUGUGUACACAAAUACGAGUAUGUAUUAUUCCUUAAAUGCAAUAUUGAGCAGGAAGUUUGAAAUUCAAAAGAAUAAAAAUUGCCUAGUGGGGAAANUUAAUGUCUUUUUAAAUUCGGUCAUGUUUUUAACAGUCAUUUAUAAAAUUAUUAUGUCCAUUUUGAACAUAAUAUUUAUAAGAAUAUAUAUAAGGGAUCCUUUUUCCAAGAUUAUCGAAAAGAUGUGUUUAUUUUUUAAUAUAAAAAAUAAUAUAGCCAUAAUUUAUGGGCCAUAUAUAUCCUUAUUGUACAUUUCGUACAUCGUAGCAAUUAACAUGAAGAAAUUUUUACAACAGGUUAUUCAGAUAUCGACUUAUUUUUCUUUUUAUUUUAAACUUUUUUCAAACAUGUGGAUUUUGUUAAUUUCCGAAUUAAUGGGCCUCUAUUUUGUGACCAACUCUUUGCUCUUAACUUCCUACAUUCCUGUAAAUUACAAUCACAUUAUGAAUUUUGUCAUGGGAAAUAAUUAUGAUUAUAAUAUAUUUCAUUUGCACUCUGAUUAUGUUUUCAUCACGUCCUUUACGUCUACCUUUUGCCUCGCAUUUGUUAGCAAUUAUUACAUUCGCCUUGCCCGAAUGUUUAACACGAGCAUAUGGUAUCGCCUUUUGACUUUUUAA